AUGGACAUGAUUAUCGCGCACGAGGGUUACGCCCUCACAGAUGAAUUCAACAACACCGGAGACAGAACGUUCCUAGGUCACUGUCUUCAUCGACUUUAUGAGUGCGCUGUAGACAGCUACUCGAAUGAUGUCGCUGUGAUUUGUGCAGACUCUGAACUAAACUACCGAGGGCUGAACGACAAUGCGAAUCGCCUGGCCCGGGCUCUGUUGGAUCGAGGCAUAGGGCGCGGGAGCCUCAUUGGCGUGGCCCUGGACCGCUCAAUCGACUUCGUUGUAGCGGUACUAGCAGUAUUGAAGACUGGCGCUGCCUAUGUUCCGAUCGACCUAAACUUCCCUGCGAGACGAAUUAGCUGGAUCAUCGACGAUGCCAAUCCAGACCUGGUCAUCACCCGUACUCCCACGCCGGAGAACUUAUGGGCCUGGAAAGCGUCAUGCCUAAGCGUUGAUGAGGCACGAGGCAAUAACUCGGGAGUCAACAGCGGGAACCUGAAAAUCGAAGUGGGAGGAGACGACCUUGCGUAUGUUAUCUACACAUCCGGCUCUACGGGUGAACCAAAGGGUGUUGAGGUCAGCCAUGGUGCCGUGUGCAACCUCUUGUGCUCCAUGCGGCGAGAACCGGGCUGCGGUGCGGCGGAUCGGUUGCUAGCCAUUACCACCUUCUCCUUCGACAUUGCUGUUCUGGAGCUGUUCUUGCCUCUCGUUUGUGGCGCCACGACAGUCAUCGCGAAGGCCAAUGAGACCCUGGAUACCCACGCCUUGCUGGGAUUAAUGGAGCGACACAGGAUCACCAUGAUGCAGGGUACACCAACCACCUGGCAGAUGUUGCUGGAGUCGGGCUGGCACGGUCAACCACGACUGGCGAAGAUACUAUGCGGUGGGGAAGCGCUUCCUCGUCGACUGGCCGAGCGCCUGCUUGUCUGCGGUGAUUCGGUUUGGAAUCUGUACGGUCCCACCGAGACAACCGUGUGGUCGAGCAUAUGGAAGGUGUCUCAAGGAGACAACGUUGUCAUCGGCAGACCUAUCGCCAACACGCAACUGUACGUGCUCGGUCCAGACUUGACACCGGUGCCUACCGGUUGCUCGGGGGAAUUGUGUAUCGGCGGUGCAGGUGUCUCACAGGGAUAUCGAAACAAGCCCCAGCUAACUCGGUCUCGCUUUGUUGACAACCCUUUUCACGCCGGCACCAUGUACCGGACCGGUGACAUGGCACGCUUCCUCACACCUGACAAGCUGACUGUACUCGGUCGUGCUGACGACCAGGUGAAACUUCGGGGCUAUAGAAUUGAACUAGGUGAUAUCGAAGCAGCCAUAACAUACCAUGAGGACAUCUCCCGUGCGCUGGUAGUAACCCACGAUGAGCGGCUAGUUGCCUACUGUGUGCGCGAGCAUUCUCCACAGGCAGAUGGAGAUGAUAUUAACCAUAUGCGUGGUUCGGCACUUGAGGAGUGGGCGGGUGUGUGGGAUCAGGUCUAUAAAGAGGAUAAGGUAGAGGGGGAUGAGGUGGUCCAAGAGAUGUUCAAUAUCGCUGGCUGGCGUAAUAGCUAUGACGGAGCCCCGUUUUCUAGUAGUGAGAUGCGCGAUUGGCAGUUGAGUUCAGUUCAGCGGAUCUUGUCCUACGGACCGAAGCGGGUGUUCGAGAUCGGCUCGGGUACUGGUCUGAUGUUGUUUAGUAUUGCACCACAUUGCAGCGCCUACCAUGCCGUGGACUCCUCCAAACAGGCUGUAGAGAUCACACGUCGACACCUCUCAUCCUUACCGCAUGUAAUAUGCGAGCAUUGCCCGGCUCACACAUUGCCCACCUGGCGUGGUAUGGAUGGAGCCUUUGACACCGUGAUAAUCAAUUCCGUGGUGCAGUACUUCCCAAGUAUCGACUACCUCUUGUCGGUUCUUGAAUGGGCGACCAAGGCAGUUGGCCAAGGCCGGGUAUACCUUGGUGACUUGCGCAGUCUAUCAUUUUUCCAAACCUUCCAUAGCGAUGUCAUUGACUGCCGUUCCAACGGUCAACUUUCCCCCUCAGAACUAAGCCGGCGGACUAAACAGGCCAUGCAGUCAGAUUCCGAGCUGGUAAUUUCGCCCACGUUCUUUGCUAAUCUGCAGAGCCUGAUUCCACGCAUCAAUCACGUUGAAAUUACCCUACGCAAUGGUCGCUAUAUCAAUGAAAUGACCCGCUACCGCUUUGAUGUUACUUUGCAUAUCGGGGCCGUUGUCCCCCAGGACCCUGUGAUAGAGCGGGAAUGGAGGGACGGGACACUUGAUCAGCUCACUACGAUUGAUGAAUAUGAUAAGGUACUGCGGCUGAACAACAUCCCAAAUGGUCGGCUACGCGAAGUCCAUGACAGACUGGCGGUCGCUCUGGGCGACGUCGUCACCAACCCGCUUACCGCAUCGUGGAUCGAUCCGUAUGAUCUCACGGCGCUCGCCGCCCAGUCCGGCCGACAGAUGGCAUUGGUGCCGAGUCUCUCCGGCGGCAUAUGGGCUUUUGAUGCCCUGCUUUGGUAUUCAGGGAAAGCGACCCCAGACCUAAGUCUACAUAGCCCGGAAGCUAUGGUCCGCAAGAAGAUAGGGCAGUACGCAAAUGUGCCCAUGGCCCUUCCUGUUCCCGUGAUGGGAAUUAAAUCUCCUGUCCGGCCCACAACCGAGCUAGAGGGUCAGAUUUUGACUAUCUGGGCGGAGAUUCUGGGCUAUGACAGCAUCGGCAUCGAGGAGAACUUCUUCGAGAUCGGUGGCGACUCAUUACGUGCUGUCCGUUUGCAGACGGACCUUGAGAAUCUGCUGCACCGGCCGGUGUCAUCUGCCAUCAUAUUCAAGCACUUCACUAUCAAGGCACUGGCCGCGUACUUCGCCAACACCGAGAAACCCUAUCCUAAAGUUGAGCCCCCAGCGUUACGAAUUCCAAUGCCACGCCAGGAGGAUAUUGCCAUAAUUUCCAUGGCAUGUAGACUUCCUGGCGGGGUGAACACGCCAGAGGAGUAUUGGGACCUGCUCGACCGCGGUGGAGAUGGCAUUAGCGAGAUACCACAGGACCGCUGGGACUCCGAUGCGCUGUACGAUCCGGACCCGGGAGUCCCUGGCAAGUCAUAUUGUCGUCAAGGUGGAUUUGUAUCCGGUGUCGAUAGAUUUGACGCAUCAUUUUUCGGUAUCUCACCACGGGAAGCGAGAUCCAUGGACCCGACGCAACGGGUCAUGCUGGAAUCUUGUUGGGAAGCGUUUGAGCGCGCCGGCUAUACGAUGGAAGGCUUGCGCGGCAGCCAGACAGGCGUUUUCAUUGGGGUUAGUACGAUUGCGGGAUACCGUAGUCACGGUUUAUGUCAUGUUACCCGUGGUAGCCUAGAUGCCCUUGAUGGGUAUACAGUCACCGGCACGGCCGGCGGAACUAUGUCUGGCCGGGUGUCUUACACUUUUGGACUUCAGGGGCCUGCUAUGACAGUGGAUACAGCGUGCUCCUCCUCCCUGGUCACCACGCACCUAGCUGCUACCGCGCUGCGAAACGGCGAAUGUGAUGUGGCAAUUUCGGGUGGCAUUAGUCUGAUGCUGUCGCCUGAAUUGCAUGUGGAGUUCAGCCGCCUUCGUGGUAUGUCUCCUGACGGUCGAUGUCGGGCCUUCUCCGCGGACACCGAGGGGACUGGCUGGAGCGAAGGGUCCGCCGUCGUGCUUCUCAAACGAUGCUCCGAUGCCCAGCGCGAUGGAGACACCAUCCUUGCAGUGUUACGUGGUACAGCCGUUAAUCACGGCGGCCGCAGCGCUGCCAGCCUGACUUCUCCAAGUGGUCUUGCACAGGAGCGUCUCAUUCGUACCGCUCUCGCCAUGUCGCACUUAGAGCCGAGCGAUAUGGACUAUGUAGAGGCCCAUGGCACUGGUACCAAGCUAGGUGACCCGAUCGAAGGCGCUGCGCUAGCGGAGGUUUUCGGAGGUAGCCACUCCAGGGAGGAGCCAUUGUGGAUUGGUUCAGCGAAGUCUAACAUUGGCCAUACCCAGGCUGCUGCCGGACUCGCCGGCGUGAUAAAAGUCGUGUUGGCUCUACAGCACAACCUACUGCCCGCCACCUUACAUGUCAAUAAGCCCACCCCAGCGGUGGAUUGGGAGAACGGCAGGAUGGCCUUGGUCUGUGAGAAGCGGUCCUGGGUGCCGAAUAAGAGUCGCCUGCGACGGGCUGGGGUCAGCUCCUUCGGCAUAGGUGGCACGAAUGCACAUGCAAUCAUUGAGGAGCCACCAUCCGAGCCUUACCGGAGCCUCCCCAUCACGACGAGGUUCGUGGCGUUGCCGCCGACAGUGCCUAUCCUCUUAUCUGGCCAUACGAGCGCGGCGCUACGCCAGCAAGCCCAGAACUUGCAUCGACACCUGAAGAUCACGGCGGUCCACGAGAAUCUGGGAGAUGUAGCAUACACUCUAGCCGCCGGCCGCACACAUUUCCGCCAGCGAGUUGUGCUCCUGGUUCAAGAUAAGGAGGAGCUGCAGAAGAGGUUGGCCUCAUUUGUCGAAGAACAGAAGGCCACAUCAUGGUUCCCAGAAAGCAAAAGGCGCAGUAGGAGCACCCGUGAGCAGAACAUUCUGAUACCACGCGUCGCCCUCCUUUUCACCGGCCAAGGCAGCCAGCUGCCAGGGAUGGGCAAGGAUCUUUGCGCCGUGUAUCCCCUCUUCUACGAGGCGCUUCAGGAUGUCGCGUCCCGGUUCACCAAUCUUGAAAGGCCGCUGCUCGAUGUGAUGUGGGCCGAUCCAGGCAGUGAGGCCGCCGGAUUACUGUCUCGCACCGAUUUCACGCAGUCGGCCUUGUUCGCCCUGGAAGUGGCUCUGUGGCGGCUAUGGGAUAGCUGGGGGAUCCGACCCGAGUUGGUGUUUGGUCACAGUAUUGGCGAGAUCGUGGCCGCCCACGUCGCUGGGAUUUUCAAUCUGUCGGAUGCUUGCCGGCUGGUCGAGGCUCGGGGCCAGUUGAUGCAGGCAUUGCCCGGCGGGGGUACAAUGGUAUCCCUCGAAGCAACAGCUGUGGAAGUUGAGAACGCCAUUGAGGCUCUCGGUUUUACUGGCCAGGUUGAAAUUGCCAGCCUCAACACGCCGUCGCAGACCGUUGUGUCCGGCGCCGUUGAUCCUACCCACGAGGUCAUGACAUAUUUUGCGGAACGGGAUCGCAAAGUCAAGGCGCUUAAGGUGUCCCACGCCUUCCACUCGAACCACAUGGACGGCAUGCUGACGGCGUGGCAAUCAGUCAUCGGGACGGUGCAGUUCCGCCCGCCGAAACUUGCCGUGAUCAGUGGUCUAACAGGACGGCGGGCUGAGGUGGGCGAACUUCAGCACCCCGAAUACUGGGUUCAUCAGGCGCGCCGGGCAGUGCGGUUUACUGACGGCAUCGUUGCGCUCGAACGCGAGGGAGUCAACGUCUUCCUGGAGCUGGGCCCACGGCCGGUACUUUCCGGCCUAGGCGCAGAGUGUCUAGCCGGUAAACAUUCGGUGACCUGGGUUCCAUCGCUAAUCCCAGGCAAGCACAGCGCCAGAGUUAUACAGCGUAGCCUCGCAGAUUUACAUUCACGGGGGGUGCCAGUCGACUGGCGUGGCUAUUUCAAGCCAUUCGGCGGCCAGUUGCUGGCGCUGCCGACCUACGCCUUCCAAAAGGAACUGUUAUGGUCUGAGGCACCGCCACUACACCCGGAGAUCAACCUAGGUCGCAAGAACACCGGCCAUGGAUUAUUUGAUGGUGGAAUCGAGAUCGCUAGCACUGGGAUGUUGGUGUUCUCCGGCACGGUGAUGGACGACGCCCUGGUUUGGCUACAGGAGCACAAAGUCAUCGACACUGUGCUCAUGCCGGGAGCUGUGUUUUUCGAGUGCAUGCGGGCGGCUGGACAUGCGGUCCAGCCCGGUGCAUGGGAGCUGGUCAAUGGCCUCGUCCAGAAGCCGUUGGCGUUCAUGCCAAACGUGCGUGUUCGCCUCCAGGUCACCGUGGGUCCGCCCGAUCAUGGAACUCGCCAGGUGCAGGUCUACGGCGCCGCUGAAGGUGGGCUUCCAUGGACGCUACACGCGGAAGGGAGUCUUGUUCCCGCGCAUACCGACGCGAGCGGGGAUGUCACCCCCUUUGCUUUAGAGGGUGCCCAGAAAAUUGACCUGCGCACUGUCUACAGAGAUUUUGAUGUUCUCGGAUAUCACUUCGGUCCACGGUUCCGGUGUCUUAAAGAAGCCUGGGUGAUGGAUGAAGAGGUGUGGGCCAGGACAGUCUCUUCUGUGGACAUUGAGCUGUUAUCUCCCAACGGCUGCUGUCUUGACCCGGCUCUACUCCAGUCAGCCAUUCACUCUGUGCUACUGGCCCACUGGAUCAAGCGGACUGGUGACAAUGGUGUCUUCGUGCCGUUCAAAGUCGAGGGUGUAUCCUUGCCAACAACGAAGCAGUCUGAGAUAUGGGUCCGCGUUUUCGAUUUUGAACGGGAUGGCGAGGGUUUCCAAGCCUCCAUCGACGUUUAUAGCGACCAGGGGGCCAAUAUCGGCCGACUGCACCGCGUCCACUACCAGCUUGUUGACCGCGUAGCGCUCCAGUGUGCAGACUUGGGAGAUGUAAACCGGUUGCAGUUCCGGGUCGCCUGGCAUCCUGUCGAUGCUGACCAUAUCGAGCUCCGUAGCGGCGUGUGGGGAUUACAGUUCCCGGCCGGCGAGGUGAAGUGGGCCGAGAAGGUGAAGACCAGUUUAGUGCGUGCCGGGAUCAAAGUUAUCGACGCCUGUGAUCUCAAUGACGCUAAGCGCCUGGACGGUUUGCUGUGCCUGUGGGAUUCCAGCGCUGACAUUCUUCAUCAGGCGCAUGACUUUACCGCAAAGGCGCUCACCCAGCUACAGGCAGCGGCUAAGACCGAGUUCGCAAAGCCGCUGGUGUGGGUAACCCGCCAGGCAGUGGGCACAGGCAUCGAGGAUCGGGUUACGGGGUUGGGCGCUGGGGCACUUUGGGGCCUAAUGCGCACCGCUCGCAACGAGCAUCCUGAAUUGACCUUGCGACUGAUUGAUCUGGAUGGGGAUGAAGGGGAGCCUACGGAACAUCUCCUUGCGAGGGCGCUUAUGUUGCGAUCAGAACCCGAAUGCGCCCUACGACGCGGGCACAUAUCUGCCCCUCGGUUGCAGUAUUUGCACGAAGCUGACACCGUGCCCCGGGUCCAGAAGCAGUGGUUUCUACGGCCAGAUGGCGCAGUGUUAAUCACUGGCGGAUUUGGAGGUCUCGGCCGGCGUGUGGCCCGGUGGUUGGUUAGUACCCACGGCAUCCGUGACCUAGUGAUAACCUCGCGAGGUGGUAUGAAUACCCCUGGCGCGAAAGAGCAGGUCGAUGAACUCGCCGAACUCGGCGCCAAUGUCACGGUGGUGGCAAGUGAUUCGGCCGACUUUCAAAGCGUCCGCUCAGUUGUGGGCAUGUUUAACAAGGACAGGCCACUACGCGGGGCGGUCCACGCUGCCGGCGUUCUAGACGAUGGGAUCCUGUCGGCCUUGACUCCUCACAGGUGUGAUGCAGUAUUUCGACCUAAGGUAGAUGGAGCCUGGUACCUGCACCACUUGACCCAGGACAUGGAAUUGGACGUCUUCAUGAUGUUCUCCUCAAUUUCAGGGAUCCUAGGUAUGCCGGGACAGGGUAAUUACGCUGCCGCUAACGCAUUUCUCGAUGCACUCGCUCAUCAGCGACGUUCCAACGGCCUAGCGGCCACCUCGGUAGCAUGGGGCCCCUGGGAGGGCCAGGGCAUGAUCGCUGGGCUCGGCGAAACGGGUCGUGCCCGCCUUACUCAACUCGGUCUAGACUCGAUCGGCCCAGCAGAAGGCCUGCAACUUCUAGAGCUGGCUGCGCGGGGCGACUAUGCUCUGACCGUGGCUGCUGCACUUGAUCCAAAUCGGCUGCGAAGCUCCUAUGAUCGGAAAGCCGGAGUACCGCCGUUGUUUCGCUUGCUUCUGAGAGGAAAGGGCGAGUAUGACCGACAACUGGACGGUGAACGCUUUACCGAUCUGUGCAAUGUCCUGAGGAGCGCCACCCCCCAAGAACAGGCGACAACAGUGAUGGAUGCGGUUCGAGAGACAGUGGCGAAGACACUAGGUUUCAUGUCGCCGGAAGAUGUUCAUAUUAACCAGCCCUUCCAAGACCUCGGAAUUGACUCCCUGACAGCGGUUCUGACGCGCAACCAGCUCGCCGAAUUGACAGGCCUGGCUCUCCCAGCCAGCAUUGUUUUCGACCACCCGAAUGCGAAAGCGCUCGCGCAAUUCCUACUAUCAAAACUUCUAGAACCCGCCGGAGAUCCGUCACAGGGGUCGAGCGGUGCGCUAUUAAAAUCCAAUGUCGCCCCAGCCGUUCCACCUGGUUUGAAUAUAGCUGCAAUCAUGAAGGGAUGUCUCGACCCGAUGUUUCGAUUCGACGAUGUGGUUGAAAUGGCGGCCCGCCCAAAGGCAAUAUUCAUCACCGGCGCGACUGGUUUUGUCGGCGCCUUUCUCCUACAUGAGCUCCUCGAGUCAAAUAUACCCAGCUACUGCCUCGUGCGAGCCGAUAAUGCUAGUCAUGCCAAGCGGCGGUUGGUGAGCACGCUCGAAAGCUAUGGUCUUUGGAAGCCAGGCUACGCUACACUGGUCAACUCGGUGGUGGGCGACAUGACACAGCCCUUGUUGGGACUUGACGAAAAGGCAUUUGAACAGUUGGCGAUCGGAGUUGACGCUAUUUGCCACGCGGGCGCUCUCGUCGACUGGAUGCGUCCGCUGAAGGAUUAUGUUGGCCCGAAUAUAGUCAGCAUGCACGAGGUUCUGCGCCUAAGUUCGCUCGGUCGACCCAAGACAGUCCAUCUCAUCUCUACCGCCGCCACAUUACCGAAGUAUAUGGGUUAUGAGGUUGUGGAGGGCGAUCAGGAGUAUGGCUACGCCACCUCAAAAUGGAUUGCGGAGCGAAUGUUGGCGGCGGCGCGUUGGCGCGGUGCCAAGGCGUCGGUGUACCGAUUGCCAUUCGUCACGGCAUCCAUUUGCUCUGGCUAUUUCCGACGUGAUCGCGGUGACUUCCUACACAACUUGAUUGUCGGUAGUAUUGAGAUGGGUAGCUUUCCAUCAAUUAAUGCUGAUCUCUCGGCUGUCCUACCGGUCGAUUACCUGUGUAAGACCAUUUCUACAUUGAUGACUAAUGUUCCUGGGCAAACUGGGGACUACGACUUUGUUAACUCCAGUGCGCCCAGCUUCAAUGCCUUUUUCAAUAUGAUCAGUGUUGCUAGUGGUGUUGGGGAGGUGAUCCAAUUUGCUAAAUGGCAGGAACGGGCAUUGGCAUGGGCUACGGCAAAUCCGACGAGUCACCUCGCCCGAAUCGCUGCCGUCGUGGAUGGCCUGACGGAGGAAAGUGUAGCCGCUAUGUUCGAAUGUUUGCCCAUGGGUGAACAUGUCUUUGAUACCAACAAGGAUUUGGGGCCUCUUUUAGACGAUCAGUUUGUUGAAAAAUAUUUAAGCCGCACAAAUACGGCCUAA